AAGUUAGGCCACCGUCAGGAUCACAGCAGUCUGUCAUCAUGGCCUUCAACGGGACCUGGAAAGUCGACCGCAAUGACAACUACGAGAAGUUCAUGGAGGAAAUGGGCAUCAACAUGGUUAAGAGGAAACUAGCGUCUCAUGACAACCUGAAGAUCACUGUGGAACAGACCGGAGACAAGUUCCACCUGAAGGAAGUCAGCACUUUCCGCACGGUGGAAAUUAACUUUACUCUAGGCGUCAACUUUGAAUAUUCCAUGGCAGACGGCACUGAGCUCACAGGAUCCUGGGUCAUGGAGGGCGACACGCUUAAGGGGACGUUCACACGCAAGGACAACGGAAAGUUGCUAAUAUGCAAAAAAAUCUAA